AUUAAGAGAAUAAGUUGAAAUAAAAUACGGAAAAAGCCAUUAUCGACAGAUUUAACAAAACGAAUGGAAUCUCACAACAUUCAAGCCGAAUUCAUCUAAAAAAGUCUAGUUUUAAGAGUAUGAGAGUGCAUCUGAUUUGAUUGUUGUCUUCAACUUGCUUAGAUUAUUGUUAACUGGAUGGUUGGCUGGCUGGAUGUGUGGUAUUGAAUCUUUCUCAACUCUUGCAGUGUUAGCCACAAAAUCUUAGUUGAACAUUAAUCGUGGACCAGACAACAACAAACAUCGCUAUCUAGUUAAACACGGCAGACAACAAAAGGUGCAACAAAAAGCAAUAAAAUCUCCCAGACUCCACAAACGGAAAAGGUGAAAAACAAGAUACCUAUGUUGUCAACCAUUUGUUCAUUUGGUGUCGUGGUGUUAAGUCGCAAUAAGAUCUGUUGUGAAACGCUUUGUUGUCAUCAUCCAGAAUUUGUCGCACGAACCAAUCAAGAUGUCAAUGAAUAACUUGACCAUUGAUGGUGAAUUCCGUUAUAUAAUACAAUGGUUUAAUGAAUGGAGUGAAUUGCAACGUGACGAUUUCAUACCCAUAAUGGUCGAUUAUUUAACGGACACUGACCAUGCAUCGACGGCCUCAAAUGCAACAGCAGCAACAAUAAAUAUGAAUGGCUUAGAAAAUCACAUGGAACGAUCAUUAAAUAUAAGUGACAAACCAAUGUCUCUAUUCCAAUGCAGGAUAAAACUAUUCUGUCAAUGGAAUCGUAGAUGGCCCACCGAAUUCAAAGAGAAAUUACAACAAAAAAUAUCAGAAAUCGAUAAUAAAGUUGGUGAAAGAAUAAAGGAAGAAGUUACAAAAAAACAUAAUGGAUGUGGAAGUCUUACAAAUGGUUAUGCCACAGAAUCGAAUGACGCUGACGACAUUCAUAAUUACGACACGAUGGUAAAAGAACACCAUACGCCACAUGUAUCACAAUCCAAUCAAAAUGAUAGCCAUUUAAAAGAAGAUCAUCAGAUGCAACAACAACAAGAUGUCAUUGUUGUAACCAACUCUGUGACAUUAAAUGACCCCAUGCGAGAGGUUUUAAGUAAUGAAACAUCUGUUGAUGACAUCGAACCAAACGACCAACAAGUGAAUAUUAAUAGAGCUGCUGGAGUGGAGGAUAAUAAUGACAAUGUUGCACAUGACAAUAAUCUUAAUGAAGAUAGUAACAACUCGCAUGCUAGAGAACCUGUUGAACAGGUUGUACAAAUGCGAAAUUUACAAAUAAGUGAAGAUGGCCAUGAAGAUGUUACAGCAUCAGCAUCCGCAUCUGUGCAGCAACAACAACAGCCAUCGCCACAUACUACCGUCGCAUCAGUACCGGUCACAGUUACAGUUAACCCAGUAGUUGUAGCCGCACAAUCAAUGGCCACAAAUGCAGAAGUUCCUUUAGUUGCUUAAAGAUGCAGACAAACGGACGGACAAACAAAAACAGACAGACCAGUCGACAGAUAAAUAAACUAGAAAUCGUACAAGUGGAAAGAACGAACGAUCAUACAUACCUAACCAGCAGAAGCAGCACAAACAUUCAAACGUCACAACGAACAAACAGCAUCACCAUCAUCUACUUUAAAAAUGAUUACCAACAUCAACAGCAUCAUCAUCUAAGAAAUAUGCCAGUAAUCCGUAGUAGCGUAACAAAAUAUCUGUAACUCAACUCGAUGUUGGAACAAAAACAGAAGAAGAAGCAUAGCCGCAUAUGAAUUGAGGAGGAAUAGCAGGAGAACAUUUAUACAAACAAGCAUACAUUCCAAUUAACUAAGCUUAAAACAUUAAUAUAUGUUAAGUUGAAAAGAAAAAAAAUAGAGUACGCAUAUAACAAUGUGCAGACUAUUGAGAAAAUAAAGAUAAAAACACAGACAAAUAUAGACAUAAAAAAUUUCUAGUUUCUUCAGCAUUUAUAUGGAAUUCAUUAAAAUGAUUGAUUAAUUUAUGAUUUUUUAUAUUGUGUGUCACAAAUAAUAAUAAAUUCAUUAUUAAAUUUGUUCUGUACCCGAGAUUCCAAAGGACACAAGAAUGAAUAAGAUGUAUAGAUUGA